CAAUAGGUGGCGGUGAUGAGGUGCUAUCAGGUGAGGAGGAUCUGUUCUUAUCAGAGUCAGAGAGAGCAGGGAACAGAGUACAGCACUGCCUUUAACUUAAUACAUAUUACAGAGGAGCAUGGCAGCGUGUUCGUGAUCGGCUGUGGGGCAGGGAUGCCGCUGUUCCGCCAGGCGGAGGCGAGGCCGGAGAAGGAGAGGCAGGCGAGGCGGAGUCGCACACAUGAGUACAGCGAGGAAGAGGAGGAUGAUCCUCCCUCACUGACCAGACUGUGCCUCCUUAGCCUGGCGGAGAACAUGAAGGAUGUGUGGACGCAGGACUACUCCCAGAAUUAUAUGGAUCAGUACUUCUUCAGAUACGUCAUGGGUCCCUUCAGCCUACUGCCGAAUGAGCUGUUGGAGGAGUUGCUGUGUGUCCUGUCUCACCGGAAUCUGCUGUCCCGCCCAGCGCUGCAUCUCCUGCUGCUCCCACAGCUCCACCGUCUCUCACUGCAGCACUCCUGCAACCUCGUCACCGCCAACCUCUGCAGCCUCAUCGCAGCACGCUGCCAGGCUCUAAAGUCUCUAAAUCUGAGUGGAGCUCUAAACGUCUCUGCCACAGCCUUGUCCUCUCUUCUGGGCAGCCUGCCCCUCCUCCAGUCUCUGACCCUGGCAGGAACUCUGUCUGACCGCGGUGUGAUAGCUACGGUGGCCCAGCGGUGCCCGUUGCUGAAGCACCUGGACGUUUCUCGCUGUGUCCACCUCCGUCCUUCUGCCCUGCUUCCCCUGGCUCAGUGCAGCAGUUCAUGCUCCCUGGCCAGACUGCUGGCUCUGGAUAUAGGCCUGGAGGAGAACGAGGAUGAUGGAACAGCUUCAGCUGCUUUUCUCCUUCUGGGGUUGCCUGGUCUGCAGCAGGUAGCUUUAGAUAACGUGGGGCAGGCAUGUGUUCUACUCUGGAAGCAGGAUUUUGGGAUGACUGACAGGUUCACCAAAAAAAAGGGAGUGUCCAGCCUUCAGGAAAUGUGGACUAGAAGAGUUGAAAGUGAAAAAGGGACAGCGAAAAUGAUGGAUUUGGAGGAUAAAAUGGACAAAUUGUUGCAUGUAGACGAGAGCAAGGCUGAUGUUGAUACAAGGACAGACGUGGAAAAUCAGGAAAAGACAUUAAAACUGUCUCUUCUGGACGUUCAAAGCAUUUCCCUCAACAGCCUGAGUGCUUUUGGACAGCUUUGCCCAGACCUUUGCUCUCUGACUUUAAACUGCCAUGAUGAAGAAGAAGAUGAAGGUGCCGCUUUCUGGUGGACGACGCCCUUAACUAGAGGUUUGUCCACUUGGUCCGGUCAGUUGCGCCGCCUCUCCCUGCAGUUCCCCGGCCCUCUCUCUGAGCUGAUUCCCUCUCUACAGGCUGCCGGUUCCAGCCUGACCUCCCUCACCCUGCAGGGAGUUAAAGCAGAUGGACACCUAUUCUUCCUGGAGCUCAUCCAUGCCUGCCCCAAACUGACCACCCUCUCCAUUCACAUAGACCCUCCCAGAUCUAACCAGGAGGAGGAAGAUGAGGAUGAAGAUUUGGAAGACUGGGAUUUACCUUGUCUUCCACACCUGAGCUCACUGACACUCAAUUUUACCUUGGAUGAGCGGCAGGUGAAGCCAGUGCUGUGCUGGGGGUCCCUGAGGGGUCCGCUCUGGGCUUUACUGAGAGGUGCUCCACAGCUCCAGACCCUGUCUCUUAUCGCCACCCCCUGUCGGCUGGAUCCUGUGUUCCGAUUGGUUCUGGAUCACCACGCUAAGCCUCUGGGCGGCUCUGACCAGCUCCCGCUGAGAUCCCUCAGACACGUCAGCCUGAAGCGCUCGGACGUCACGAUGCAGACGGCAGUUCGGCUCCUGAACGUCUGCCAUCGGCUGUCUGAUCUGGACCUGAGUGGCUGCUGGUCCAUGACCCUCAGCAACAUCACCAAGCUACAGAGCAAAGCCAGCAGGAGGCGCCACAGGUUACAGAUCACAUGGACUUGAGGCAGGCUGGACUGAAAUAGUUACUUUAUUCACGUGAGCACUUUUAUAGGCUGAUACUGUAUCCUGCACUACACUAACAUAAUAUCACUUAUUAAUAUUUUACCAAAGGGAAAUUUUAGUUUCAGAGUCUGGUUUGCUGUCACUUCUGAUAUUUUCUCCAGCGGUGGUGAUUUUUUUUUUUAUCUGCAAUAAAUAUAGCAAUAGUAAAAAAAAAAAAAAAAAAAAAAAGUUGUAAGAAGAAUUGUCACCAUAUUUCUUUAGACGUCAAUAGUCCAACAUUAUUAUCGUGAUAUAAAUAUUCCCCUCUAUACAUCAUAGUUUUAAGGCCACUCUAUAAAAAAAUAAAAGCAGUUGACUUUGAAAAAGUCGUAAUAUUUUGAGAAAAAGAGGUACAGAAUGGCAUUAUAAGAAUACAGUCAUAAUAUUGUGAGCAUAACAUCGUAAUAUUGUUAGAUUAAAGUGGUAAUAUUAUGAGAUUAAUGUCGUAACAUUACACUCAUCUACCACACUGUCUGUCUGUCUAUCUGUCUGUCUGUCUGUCUGUCUAUCUAUCACUCUGUCUCUGUUUAGCACUCUGUCCAUCUGUCUAUCUAUUCAUUUAUCUCUAUCUAUCUAUCUAUCUAUCUGCAUAAAGUGGUAAUAUUGCGAGAUUAAAUUGGUAAUAUUGCGAGAUUAAAGACUUAAUAUUAAGAGAUUAAAGUCGUAACAUGACAAGAAUAAAGUCGAAAAUUACAAGAUUAAAGUUGUUAUAUUACGACUUUAUUCUCAGUAUUCCGUACA